AUAGGGGGCAGCAACUCGUAGUCGAGUCUCUAAACGCGGAAAGAAGCGACGAACAUAGACGCUCAGUGAUGUGCCGCUUCAAAGUGCAACUGAUAUUAUUAAAAAUAAACUAAAUGUCGAAAUGCCAGGGCAAUUUUACCUUCGCACAUUUCUUUCUUUUCUACCUUAAAAGCAGGGCGUGUAGUUUUAUAACUGUUAUUCCCAUCAGUUUACUCUGUUCGUAGCCAGUAUCAGGCAUGCUAAGCGUUUGCUAACUUGCGCAGUGAUUGUCUCUCGAGUAAAGGUACCAGUGCACAUAACCUUCAGUUUAACUCAUUGUAUGAUGGAGAUCGCGUAUGUUUGCGAGUGGGAGAAGAGACCCAAGAGCAACCACUGCCCGUCGAUCCCUCUGGUGUGCGCCUGGUCCUGUAGAAACCUCAUCGCCUUCACCACUGACCUGAAGAAUGAGGAGGAUGACAAAGAUCUGAGUCAUAUGAUACACGUCAUUGACACUGAUCACCCCUGGGAUGUGAACUCCAUCAACUCUGGUCACACUGAGGUCAUUUCCUGUCUGGAGUGGGACCAGUCAGGUUCGAGGCUGUUGUCUGCUGAUGGAGAUGGCCAGAUCAAGUGUUGGGGAAUGACAGAGCACCUGGUGAACAGCUGGGAGUGCACACAGAGCAGCUCAGUGGACGGAGACCCCAUCGUAGCCCUCUCAUGGUUACACAAUGGAGUUAAACUCGCCCUGCAUGUUGAAAAGUCUGGCUCUACGAACUUUGGAGAGAAGUUUUCCCGGGUGAAGUUCUCUCCCUCUCUCACGUUGUUUGGUGGGAAGCCCAUGGAGGGCUGGUUAGCAGUGACGGUGAGUGGUCUGGUGACCGUGUCACUGUUAAAGCCGAACGGGACCCUGCUGACGGCCAGCGAGAGCCUGUGCAGGCUGAGGGGCCGCGUGGCGCUGGCUGACAUCGCCUUCACGGGCGGCGGGAAUAUAGUGGUGGCGGCCACCGAUGGCAGCAGCUCUUCUCCGGUGCAGUUCUAUAAAGUGUGUGUGAGCGUGGUGAAUGAGAAGUGCCGCAUCGACACCGAGCUCUUACCCUCGCUAUUCAUGCGCUGCACCACCGACCCCGUCCGGAGAGACAAAUACCCCGCUGUCACUCACCUUAAAUUCCUCACACGCGAAAACUCCGAACAGGUGCUGCUCUGUGCGUCCAGUCAGAUGGGCAGCAUUGUAGAGUGCUGGUCCCUGCGGAAGGAGGGUCUCCCAGUUAAUAAUAUCUUUCAACAUCGAUCACCUGUGGUGGGUGAAAAGCAGCCAAUGAUUCUGAAGUGGCGUAUCCUCUCAGCGACCAAUGAUCUGGACCGUGUGUCUGCUGUCGCUCUGCCCAAACUUCCCAUCUCCAUUUCGAACACUGAUCUCAAAGUCGCCUCAGAUACCAAGUUCUUCCCAGGCCUCGGUCUUGCCUUGGCCUUCCAUGAUGGCAGCAUCCAGAUUCUCCAUCGCCUUUCCCUACACACCAUGGGAGUGUUCUACGGUUCCUCUGGUUCCUCCCAGCGUGUCGGAGAAGAACCCGCCAUUAAACGUCAGAGAGCUGGCGGCCCGACGCUGCACUUCAAAGCCCUUCAGUUCUCCUGGACAUCUCUGGCUCUGGUGGGAGUGGACAAUCAUGGCAAGUUGCACAUGAUCCGAGUGUCUCCAUCCAUGGGCCAAUUGUUGGACAUGAACACACUCCUGCGGCACCUGCUGUUCCUCCUGGAGUACUGCAUGGUGACGGGAUAUGACUGGUGGGACGUGCUGCUGCACGCGCAGCCAAGUAUGGUGCAUAACCUUCUGGAAAAGCUUCACGAGGAGUACAUGAGACAAAACCAAGCGCUCCAGCAGGUUUUGUCCACCCGUAUAGUGGCAGUAAAGGCGUCUCUGUGUAAACUGUCAUCUGCCACUGCAGCAAGAGCCUGUGACUUCCACGCCAAACUGCUCCUCAUCGCCAUCAGCUCCACGCUGAAGUCUUUACUGAGACCUCAUGUGCUCAACACCCCCGACAAGAGUCCUGGAGACCGUCUCUCUGAGAUCUGUGCCAAAAACACUGACACCGAUAUUGAUAAGGUGAUGAUUAAUCUGAAGACAGAGGAGUUUGUUCUGGACGGACCACCCCUGCAAUCCCUCCAGCAGCUCAUUCAGUGGGUGGGAGACUUUGUUCUUUAUCUGCUGGCCAACCUGCCCAACCAGGGUUCUAUCGUGCGUCCAGGGUUUGGGUUCCUGCGGGACGGUGCGUCUCUGGGCAUGCUCAGAGAGAUGCUGGUGAUGAUCCGUAUCUGGGGCCUGUUAAAACCAGGCUGUUUGCCCAUCUACACGGCCACAUCUGACAACCAAGACAGCAUGUUUCUGCUCUUCCGCCUGCUCACCAAACUUUGGCUUUGCUCUCGAGAUGAGAGUCACCCGCAGGACCCUGAUGAGACGUUGAUUGAUGAGUGCUGUCUGCUGCCCAGUCAGCUCCUGGUACCCAGCAUGGACUGGCUGCCCAUCAACGACGGUGUUAUCACUAAGGUCCAGAGCAAACACCCGCUCAGACUGCAGUUCGGCAAACCGUACACCCUGCCCGGAGUCAACCCUAACACACAGGUGGAGGUGUUCAGAGAACCAGCAUCUCAGAGGAUGGACCACCUGCGAUGUUUACAUUUGGGCAUCUCUCCAACAGAGGACAGCAAAGCCUGCACCAGGUGUGGCUGUGUCACCAUGCUGAGAUCCCCAAAUAAAACCAAUGCCAUGAGACAGUGGGAGCAGCGCUGGAUCAAGAACUGUCUGUGUGGAGGUCUCUGGAGAAGAAUCCCCUCCACACUAACAUAAGGACCGGACCGCCUGAAUACUGGGAAAGUGUUCAACCUGCACGGUUCUCUUAUUCUGAACAUCGGAUAGAUCUAUACAACAAAGCAACCUUUAUUUUCUUAGAAACAUGUUCUGGUUUUCUCCCAGCUACAGUGUCUUGCGAGAGAGUGAAUAAUGUCUUAUUUUCUUUGCUGUUGUAAAUAUGAACCAUGCAUUUUGUUUUGUAAUGUUGUAGUACAUAAUAAACGUUUUUGUAAUGUAA